CAGCUUGACGUCUCCUUCUACCCAGUUCUGCCCCCUUGCCCUCCCCUCCAUAGGUGUUGAUCUCAGGGGCCCUCACUAAUAAACAUUCGGCACGUUAAACUUCAUCUCUGGGUCUGCUUUCCAGAGAAUCCAGUCUGCAACAGACUGUUCUUCAUAACUUCAAUAUUUGUUAAUAUCUCUAUUUUACAGUUAUCUCCUCUGCCAUUUUCUUUGACCUCACUGCUUUAUAUCUGUUUUAUUCAUUUACUCUCAUUUCAUGAAGUUUUAAGAGGAAAUUGAGAUGAAUGCAUGUGUCUGCCCUGGCAUUCAGUUACUGUCAUUUUAUGGAGUUUUAAGAGGGAAUCAAGAUGCAUGCGUGUGUCUGAACUGGCAUUGCAUUGGUCACAGUUAAAUUGCAGAUAAUAUAAUUUAUUCUAGCUAUUCAAAACAGAAAGGGUAUUUUCAGGGUAUUCAGUAAUGAGGAAGACUAUUGCAAUACUAGUCUAUGGAUUCUUCAUUCUUCCUUUACAAUGUAUCUCUGCCACUCCUUCCCUGAAGGGGUUGAGUCUAUUUCCCUAGAGCUUGAAUCUGGGCUGGCCUUUUUACUUGCUUUGGCUAACAGAAUGUGCUAGAGGUGAUGGUAUGCUGUUUCUAAGCCAAGUUCUCAAGGGGCCUCACAUACUUUGGAAUCCUGUGUACUUUGGAUCCCUUUUGGAAUCUUUCCUUUGCCAUGAGAACAAUCCAGGCUAGCCUGCUAGAAGGUGAGAGGCUACAUGGAACGAUGGUGAGUUGUCCUAGCUGAAGGCAUCUGAGAUCAGCCAGCUUCUAGCUAACCCAUCAGCUGGCCACAAAUUCAUGAGCAGGCUUAGUCGGAUUAGCCAAACACAACCUACAUCAACAGAACUGGUCAACUGACCCAGACAUUCAAAAGCAAUAACAAAUGGUUAUUAUUUUAAGCUGCCACAUUUGGGAGUGUUUGUUAUACAGCAUUACUGUGGCAACAGACAAUUGAUACAAGUGGCUUAAAGAAUCAUUAGGAGAGCUGAAGAAGUAGACUCCAGGGCCACAUCACAGAACAGACUCACUAAAGGAGCCUACAGUCCAGAAGUCAGGGAACCAAAAAGCUGCCUGCUAAGUUGAGAAGCCUUUGCUACAAGCUCUGACUUCACCUCUGCUAUGAUCAGGAAGCUGCUGAUAGAGCUGCCAACUUUAGAACCAUGCUGCUGUUGCUGCAACUGUCAUGAUUUACACCACUGUAAUAGAUGCCUGUGCUCUGCUUUUUUCCCAUCUAACUCAGUUUAUGCAAGUGCUUCUGAUCAGCAGAAUGUAAAUUAUACCCGCACUUCAGCUGCAAAGGAGUCUAAGGUCAAAGGGAUUUUUAGUUUUCUAGCUUCUGCAGUAGGAGAAGGAGGUUGGAAUGAUUUUGGAAUGAGUCAGUCUCAGCAUCACCACAGCAUGGUUAACUAAAAUAUAUAUGAUUCCUGAAACUUCUUCCAUAGAUAGUACUCAAUGAUACUAAAACAAUAUAUAGAUAUAUAUGCAGUGUUUUACAUUUGGGCAUAUCAUUACGUUGUCAACCAUCAUUCAUUCAAUUAACAGAAGUUGAGAGGCUAAAGGAUGAACUGAACAACAUGGUACUAAGAUUUUAUGAACUAAUUGCUCCAGCAAAAUACAUGUAAAAAUCUUUUAAGGGAAUCAACAAUUAUAAGCCACAAAGGAGAGGAAACUGACUUUCUAUUCUGAAAAAUUUUUGAUUCCUUAUUGAUACUUCAGAUACCAUAAUUAGUAGAAAAAUAGGCGAUUUCAGAAAGAAUAAUGGUAGCCAUCUGGGCUUAAGCUGCAGUUAUUAAGGUGCAUAUACAUGCAUUCUGUGAUAAAACAAAUAUUUAAAAAUUUAUUUUGGCAUAAAGGUAGGGAUUUACAAGAUUCUUUGAAAGGCUGAUCUGACCUCAAGACACAGAAUCUGAUUUUAUGAGAUGAGCGAAUUAAUGCUUUCAAAUCAGCAGUUAGCAAUUCUAGAAAUUAUCUGGGUCCCUGUGAGGUCUUUCCAAAGAGAUGGUGAGUUAGGACAAUAAAUAAUCAGUGAAGAAAAGGAAAGGCAAUUGUUAGAAAACAGAAUCAUACAGUGAAGGUAUUAAAAUGAAAGAAAUUUUGUGCCCCAAGUUUAUUCCCUGGGCCUUGUUCAGCUGCAGCACAACAUUAUUACGAUAUGUGAGACUUGCCAGUGGUUUAUGCCUUACUGAGAACUGCUUUACUCAGCAUGGCCUUGUAUGGUGAGGAAUCCUCUAGGCUCACCAAAAAGAAAAAAAGUCCUGUUGUCAAGAGAACCUGGAGUCCCUCCAAAAGGUGCCCCACUGAUUGAAAAGCCAGACACUCCCUUGUCAACAAAGGCAUCUCCCGGCUAAAGUCUGCAGGGCAAAUUGCACUUGGCUCAUUGGUAAGUCUUAAUCAUAGACCCUAUUUAUUCGAUUCUUACUGACAUUAAUGUGAAGUAUCAGCAAUUUUGCUUCUCAGACAGAAACCAUGGAUUUAAUUUUGUCAUUUUUCUUAGUUGUGCAAUCAGAAAUUCAUUCAUAGGAGGAAAAAUCAGUUAAUACCUAUGGAAAAAUGCAAAAGAAAGCGGUUGUCAGACUGAUUGCUUUUUGGCAAAGGCUGAGCUCAAGAUUUACCAAUGAAAGCCCAAUUAAGUGUGACCUGAGAGAAUGCUACAGAGCUAAAGAGCAUUACUAAGCCCCAAAACUGGAAUUUCAGUUACCUUGUAAGGUAUUUCAGAGAAAAUUACAUAUAUGUAAAUACAAGGCUGUGUAUCACUAUAUUGAUAAAACAGUAGUUUCUAAACAGCAUUACUCUGAUUUCUGAAGCAACAAGGAAAAAAAAAAAAGACAACAGAAAGCAAGUAAUUUACCUUUCUGAGAACUGAUCUUGAGCACAUGUGAGUUGAAUCUUCUUAAGGAACGUCUGGCUUGGAUUCAGCUACCCAGGGCAGAACAAAAAAAGGAAAAGGCCUCUAGAUCAGGUGUUUCCCAGGAUGGAAUUUAAAAUCAGCUCCUUUAUCCUGCCUGCUCUUUAAUCGCCCAUCAUGGAUCAAACUUUCUGGCUCCAGAUUUAAAAGCAAUAUCUUUAGAAUACCAAGGUGCUCACACUUAGCCCCUUUCUCACUUUCUCCUUUCUAUUUCCUAUGCUCUUUGUGUACGUAUAGGUCCCCUAUUAGAAGAUUAUAAUCAUAUUCGAAGGCAGGGGCUAUGUCUUAUUCAUCUUUGUACCUCCCUUCUUCAACCUUCGUCUGAUGUGUUUGCUCAUAUACACUUUUCUUUUGUUAAAUAAAAAUAAAUAUAGCUAGAGGUAAAUACAAAUUCUUCAAUGUUUCAACUGCUACUGAGAAAAUGAUAGAUUAUUAAUUUGUGAAGUGGUUGACUUCCUUUUUUUAAUAGAAUGAGUAGUAGAUGAGGAUAUCUACAUUUCAAGUGCAAACAAAAUUUGUUUCAAAGGAUUUUGAUAUGUUUUUGUCUCUAAAAGGAGCAACAGCCUUAUUGUGAUAACUAUGUCAAGAUAAAUCUAGAAACGGCCAAUGGAGUUAUUUUAUUUAAGGAGAAUAGCCCCAAUGGUAACUAUCCAUACCUUAACGUUUCCUUAUCUUCUCAGUAAACUGAAUAAAAUGCUCUUUUCUUUAUAGCUGCCGCUAAUGGAGCUGGACUCAUGAGUGAGGAAGUGCCUGUGAAUGACAUCAGUAUACAACAUCAUACAACAGAUAUCAGGUGGCUUCUUCAAAUGAAUUUUUAAGUAUCUCAGUGAUGAUGAAGAACAGAGACAUCAAUCAGGAUUCAGGAAGACAGCUUUUGCGGAAAAUGCUUACCGGGAAGCAGCAAGGGUUGGUGUUGAUAUUUGAAAGUUUAAGAGAGGUAUACUUUUAUUCAGUCAACACAUGACAAAUGUAAAGGCAGUCAUUUGUUGUUCCUGGGAGAAGACUGGCAGCAUUCCAUUCAGACAUCUGCCCUUUCAUCAUCCCACUUUUUAUUUAUUGCAGUCCUUUCAGUCUGAAUAUUUCCUCCUGAGGCAUUUUCUGCCCUCAGAAAUGACUCCCUGAUCCCAGUUCCUGCAGCCCUUAUCAUUGACACCUUUCAUUACACCAUUAUUGAAUAAAUAUAUGUACUUCCUUCCCAAGUAUAUUAGAGAGCUAUCUGGACAGUUUAUUUCUUUCCCAAUUCUCAGAAUCAGCAGUGUUCUGUCAAGAAAUAUUUAUCGAUGAUGAUGGCAACAGUCUAUUAAAAUCAGACGAAGUUUUGUUUUUAAAAAAAGGGUGAGAGGAGAGACAAGGCUAAAGGGUUGAAAUUGAGUCUCACAAGCAUCUUUAAUAAACGUUUCCUCAUCUAAGCGCUGUAUGUGUAACAUUUUGGGGAGGGUAGAGAUUGAGGGAGGAAGAACAUCACUGGAGGAAGAGACAGCACUUUGUCUUUCGCGUUUCAAUAAAGUUUCAAAAAUCCUGCCUAAGCUAUAUUUAUUUUUGGCCUUUCCCUUUUGAUGUGACAAUAAACUGUAAUGCGGCUGUCGGCUGUAUGAACCGAUAUUCAGCAGAAUACAUCUGAGCACUUUCCUGUCAGAAAAACAAGCGUUCGGUUCUGUCACAGAUUUUAGAAUUAAGAACACUCUUUCACGUUUGAUGCUGUCAAGUACCUGGGCCGGCGAGGCUGGCGGCUGGCGAAUUCCACCAGCAGGCAGACGCAUUGCUGCGCGGGAGCCCGCGAACCAGGCGCCAGUCCACCCAACCCAGGGCGGCACUACUGGGGUCCCGCCCAGCCCGGUUCCGGGAGCCUUAUUGGGAGUCCUUCCGCCCGCCAUCUCUAUCAGCCCCCAGGAUUUGGCACGGGUGGUGGGCGGCUCCCUUUCGAGCACUCAUUGGUCAAAUCCUAAUGGCGGGGCUGAGUGAAUACCAGAGGAAUUUCCUGUGGAAAAAGUCUUAUUUGUCAGAAUCUUGUAAUUCCUCUGUGGGGCGAAAGUACCCGUGGGCUGGACUUAGAUCGGAUCAAUUAGGGAUCGUGAAAGAGCCAAGUUUUAUUUCAAAAAGAAGAGUCCCUUACCAUGACCCACAGAUAUCAAAAUCUCUUGAGUGGAAUGGAGCUAACUCAGAGAGCAAUGUGGUUGUAUCACCAGAACCAGAAGCCCCGGAAACACCAAAAUCACAAGAAGCAGAACAAAAGGAUGUUACUCAAGACAGAGUUCACUCACUAGAAGCUUCCAGGGUUCCCAAAAGAACCAGAUCUCACUCUGCAGACUCCAGAGCUGAAGGCGCUUCUGAUGUUGUGGAAAAUAAUGAGGGUGUAGCAAAUCAUAAACCAGUUAGUGAAAAUGUGGAACUGGAACAGUCUAUCAAGGUUCUUUCGGAAAAUGUAGAUAAUGGGUUGGAUAGACUUCUACGUAAGAAAGCUGGAUUGACUGUUGUUCCUUCUAAUAAUGCCUUGAGAAAUUCUGAAUAUCAAAGGCAAUUUGUUUGGAAGACUUCUAAAGAAACUGCUCCAGCUUUUGCAGCCAAUCAGGUUUUCCACAAUAAAAGCCAGUUUGUUCAGCCAUUCAAAAGUAACUCAAUCGUCCUUGAAACUGAAUACAAAAGAAAUUUCAAGGGUUUAUCUCCAGUGAAAGAACCAAAAUUAAGAAGUGAUUUGAGUGAAAACAGAAAUCUUGAAACAGUAUCUCCUGAAAAGAAGUUAUUUCCAUUUCAGUGUAAUAAAAUAGACGAUCCUUUAAAAUUGGAAGCAGAGAUGGAAUUGAAAGCCUUACACCAGCCUAAAAAGAAGCUUACUCCUUGGAAACAUCAAAGGCUCGGGAAGGUGAAUUCUGAAUAUAGAGCAAAAUUUCUCAGCCCAGCUCAGUAUUUAUAUAAAGCUGGGGCUUGGACACGUGUGAAGGGAAGCAUGCCAAAUCAGGGUUCUGUAAAUGCCAUGUGGUAUGCCGAGGUUAAAGAACUCCGAGAAAAGGCUGAGUUUUAUAGGAAGCGAGUUCAGGGGACACAUUUUUCUCGGGACCAUCUGAAUCAGAUUCUGUCUGAUAGCAACUGCUGUUGGGAUGUCUCCUCAACCACAAGCUCAGAAGGAACUGUUAGUAGCAACAUCAGAGCAUUAGAUCUUGCUGGAGACCCUAGAAGCCAUAAGACUUUGCAGAAAUGUCCUUCUACAGAACCAGAAGAAAAAAGAGAUAUCAUGGAAGAACAGCCCCAGAAAAAUACCAUGGAGAAAUUGGGCGUGUCAGCUCCCACCGUACCUGUUAGGAGGCGGCUGGCAUGGGAUGCAGAGAACACCACUGAAGACGGACAGAAACAGCCCAAGGAGAAAGAGGAGGAGAAGGAGGAGGAGGAGGAGGAGGAGGAAGAGGACAGGAAAAUGGGCAAGCAGGCUUAUAUAGGAGAGCAAGAGCAGUUGGAUGUACAUGAGAAAUCUAAGGCAGACAAGAUGAAAAAAGGGUCAGAUUCUUCUUCUGUAUCCUCAGAAAAAGGAGGCCGGCUUCCUACUCCCAAGCUGAGAGAACUUGGUGGAAUCCAGAGGACUCAUCAUGAUCUCACUACUCCAGCUGUUGGUGGUGCUGUUUUAGUGUCUCCAUCUAAGAUGAAGCCUCCAGCCACAGAGCAGAGGAAAAGAAUGACCUCUCAGGAUUGUUUAGAAACUUCAGAGAAUGAAUUUACUAAGAAAGAAAAUCGUGCAAUAUCCCUAUUGACUUCUCCAGCUGCUGGUAUAAAAACAGUUGAUCCUCUGCCUUUGCGGGAAGAUUCUGAAGACAGUAUCCCCAAAUUUACUGAGGCAACUGUUCCAGCUUCAAAAAUUCCAGAACACCCAACAAAUACCCCUGGACAGUCGCCUUCUCCACUGCAUGUUCCAUCCUACUGGCAUCCCUCUCGUCGAAUUCAGGGCUCUCUUAGAGACCCAGAGUUUCAGCACAAUGUGGGAAAAGCAAGGAUGAACAAUUUGCAGUUACCUCAGCAUGAAGCCUUUAAUGAUGAAGAUGAGGACAGAUUGUCUGAGAUUUCUGCUCGCUCUGCAGCUUCUAGUCUCCGGGCGUUGCAAACUCUGGCUCGAGCUAAGAAACGGAAGGAGAAUUUCUGGGGUAAAACAUAAACCUAGUUGAGUUGCCUUUAAGGAACCACUGGCAUAAUUUUUCUUUAUUGCUUAUUGUGUUAAAACUUUUUGAGUGUUUGAAUCUUUUCUUAACAUUUCCUACUUUGAAAUAUUUACUUUCCAAUAGAACAGUUUACUUGGAGAUUUUUAACAUAGGCUUAUAAAAAUUUAAUUUUUAAAGAAUUCCUUUUACAUCUAUCUGUCCCAGAGUACAAACCAGAUUAUUGAGUUUUUCGCAUGUUGUAACUUUUAUAAUAGGUGUCAUGGAUAGAAUUUCACCUAUCCAGAGAAUAUUUCUAAAAAGAUAAACACAGUGAAGUAGAAGUUAAGAUCCCAGUGUGAAGUAUAUUUUCACCUAUGGUUGGAUAUAUAUUUAUAUAUGUAUCUUUAUAAUUGAUGAUGUCAUAAAAUGAAUUUGUUGUUUCUUUAACCUUUGCUGUAGUGUUUCUUUUUAUUUUAGUUCCUUCUAUAUGUGUUUGCAGUGUUAAUGGUACUUUGAAAAUACCAACUGUGUAUAUUUUUCUUAUUUAUGUAACAAAGUUUGCUGAAAGAUGUGUAUAUUUUUGACCUUUGAGUGUAUUCUAUUUGUAUAAGGACUUUGGCUUACAUUCGAAUAAUGUCUAGAUUUUGAAAAAUUACUUGUAUAAUAGAGAAUUAAAAUUUUGUAGACAUUUUGAAAUAAAAAUUGAUCAAGUG